UUUCCAUACCAGCCCACUGCCCUAGCCUAUGAUCCUGUUCAGCAUCUAUUGGCCAUUGGAACCAAGAACGGCUCACUGAGAAUAUUUGGAAGACCAGGGGUAGAUGUUCAUAUCCGACAUGAUGGGGAUGUUGCAGUCUUGCAGAUUAUGUUCCUUACAAAUGAGGGUGCUCUGAUAACAGUAUGUUCUAAUGAUGUAAUCCAUCUCUGGAACCUGAGGCAGAAAAACCCAGAAAUUGUACAUUCCUUGAAAUUCCAAAGAGAAAGGAUCACAUAUUGUCAUAUUCCAUUCCAAAGCAAAUGGUUGUACAUAGGCACAGAGCGUGGCAAUGUGCACAUAGCCAAUGUGGAGUCAUUCCAGCUCUCUGGAUAUGUAAUCAACUGGAACAAGGCUAUAGAGCUGUCUCAGAGAACCCAUCCUGGACCAAUUGUGCACCUGAGUGAUAACCCCGUGGAUGCUGGCAAGCUUUUGAUUGGUUUUGAGACUGGUGUAGUUGUGUUUUGGGACCUGAAGUCAAAGGCAGCAGAAUAUCGCUUUAAUAAUCCACAGGCUCUGAGGUCCAUAACCUGGGAACAAGAUGGAAAACAGUUUAUGUGUAGUCUGUCUGACGGCAGUUUAGUUACAUGGAACUACAAGAAACCAACAGAACCAGUCAGUAUAAUAUCUCCACAUGCAAAAAUAUCCAAAGAUGGUCGACCAGACCCUUGCAAACCAAUCAACAAAGUGGAGUGGAAGUCGAGCAAAAAUGGGGAGCCUUACAUCAUCUUUUCUGGUGGCAUGUCAUAUGACCGCGCUGGCAAGACUCCCUGUCUCACCGUCAUCAAUGGAAAGAGUACCACUGUGCUGGAAAUGGAACAUAAUGUGGUGGAUUUCAUCUCAGUCUGCACAUCACCUUGGUCUAAUGACUUCCAGGAUCCCUAUGCUAUUAUAGUUCUACUCCAGAAUGACUUGGUGGUUGUGGAUCUCACAAGUCCAGGAUAUCCGUGUUUUGAGAAUCCGUACCCUAUGGAUCUGCAUGAAUCUCCUGUAACCUGCUGCCAGUAUUAUGCAGACUGCCCACCAGAUCUCAUACCAGCCUUCUACUCAGUUGGCUCUAAGCAGCAGAAGAAGUCUGGAUUUAGUACAAAGGAGUGGCCAGUAAAAGGUGGAGAAUGGGGCACAACUACAUGCAGCUACCCUGAAAUUAUUAUUACUGGUCAUGCCGAUGGCUCCAUAAAAUUCUGGGAUGCGUCUGCAGUAACACUGCAGGUGCUGUACAAAGUGAAGACUGCUAAAAUAUUUGACAAGCACCAUAAAAACAAGUGUUCAGAGAAUGGCAGCGGUGGUGUUGGUGAGCCAGAGGAGGGGCCAUUUGCAAUACAGCAGUUGUACCUGGAGGCAGAAAGUAGGAUGUUAGUGGUAGCAGGCAGGACACAUGUUGUUCUACUCAAGUACAGUAAACAGGAGGGGGUGCUGGAGGUGCCGGAUGAGGCUGAUUGCUUCUUUGCAUCUAGAAGGAGUCUUGAGAUUUCUAUUGUAUAUGAAGUAUUUGAUGAAGUAGAAGAGACACCUGAGUUUGAGUUCCCACCUAUUCGUCCCUCUAUUGGGUUAACAUCACAGAAAAGUGGGAGUGUGGGCUCCUACUCCAGCUCUGCUUCAGACACAGCAAAGCAGUAUCAACAUCAACAGCAGCAAAAUCAAACUGAGCUGUUUACCAGCGUGAAAGUUAAAGGAGGCUCUAGAAAGUUUUCAGCAGGCUAUCAACCAACAUUGGUCUGCGUCUUAGGAAGUGUGGAGGGAGAAAAACCAGGAAACAUAACCAGUAUCAGCGUCAACUCUUCAUAUGGGCUACUAGCAUUUGGCAAUGACACUGGGCUGGCUAUAGUGGAUUAUAUGCAGAAGACGUGUCUGUUGAACAUGGGAACACCAGAUUUGUAUGGUUCUAUGGACCCUUACCAAAGAGUGCCACGAUCUCCCAAGACAACCAAGUCACGGCCUAAUGACCUUCAGGGAGUGCAGGCGCAGAACUCCACCACUUCAGAGGACUGUAAAUCGCCAACUAGUGAACAGAUCAAUGGGGUGUGUCUCAGUCCUACAGGUACUAAACAAAAGAGACAACAUCCUCCUGAGUUGAGACGGACUAAGUCCCAAGAUCAAGGACAGUCCUCUUCAUUUUCACGAUCGCGUAGUUCUAGCAUGUCUAGUCUGGAAAACGUCAGUCAGGAAGGCGUCCGCUGCCUUGUGUUUGCUGAUUCCUACACAAGAAAAACAGAUGCUUUCACAUGUCCAUGUUUGUGGGUAGGCACUAGCCUGGGAUCUGUGAUAGUAAUUGUCCUCAACCUUCCACCACCAGGAGAACAGAGGCUUAACCAACCUGUUAUUGUAUCACCCAGUGGUACAAUAUUUCGUUUAAAAGGUGCAAUUCUGGCCAUGUCUUUCCUGGAUUGCAAUGGUAUUCUCAUCCCAGCGGUGUCAGAGCAGUGGAGGGAUGCUGGCAGAGAUGAGAAAGCCAGGAGUAGGCCUCAGACAGACAGGCAAAUAUCAUUGAGUGGAAAUAAGCCCAGGAUGUCUCCAACUGCCUCAACUGAGAUGUGUGAUAGACAGUUUGCUAUUAUCUGCUCAGAAAAACAGGCCAGGGUGAUGUCUCUACCCUCUCAGACAUGUGCAUAUAAAGUCAAAGUCACAGAGACCUCAUAUGUGGCCAAAGCUGAGGUGGUAGCCAUGAAAGGCUGGUCACUUGAUGAAGAUAGCGUAUGCUUGGUAUGUUUCAUUGCCAGUGGCCGUCUAAUGGUCUUCAGUUUGCCGAGCCUCAGAGUUUUGAUGGAUAUGGAUUUCUUAUCACUGACUGAUCUCAGUCAACCAUACUCUGACAUGGCUGCCUAUGAGGAAGGGCUGACCCUAAUGGCCAGGUCUUUCUGCAUCAGUAACAAUGGUCAUGCCCUCUACAUGUGUUCACCCAAUGAAGUACAGAAAGUGGCUUUCUCUGCUGAAAUCACGGAAAGUCUAAAUGAAAUGUUGGGUGAUUUGUUUCUUCCCUGUGAGACCCCUGAACAGCCAAAGCAAGGAUUUUUCAAGAACCUGUUUAGUGGUGGAACACAGACAUUGGACAGGGAGCAGCUAUUUGGAGAAACGAGUGGAAAGGCAGCUAAAGGUCUUGCGAAGCAUAUACCUGGUGGCAUGGCCUCAGCACAGGCAUCAGCUGCUUCAGCAACUUCAGAGAUUGGGAGAGCAAAAAUGCUUGCCAUGGAGAGGGGCGAAAAAUUGGGAGAAUUAGAAAUGCGUACGGCAGCCAUGAUGGACAAGGCUAAGAGUUAUCGUGAUUCAGCACAUGCCUUGUCUCAGCAUUACAAAGACAAAAAAUGGUACCAGUUCUAGGAAUUCAUUUUGCAGCCGUAGAAUUGUCUAAGACAUGCCGCAGGAGAGUAGAGAUUAGCUGGAGCAAAGAUCUUAGCUGAAGACUGAGACUUCAGGAGCAUUGCUCAAAGUUUGGUACACGAUUUGUGAUUGAAGAAAACACUGAGCAGAUGUGAUGGGAGAGAUCUUCUGUUUCCAUCAAACAAUAGUGUUCCAGUGCAGUUUAUGUCAGCAGUUGAAUUUGGGUUUGUGUGUGUUAUUGCAGAUAUUAACAAGUUAUGAUUGGUUCUAGUCAAGAGGAAGAUGUCAUACAUUUCUGAUAUUGUAAAUCUACCACUUCCUUUUAUGCUGUUUCUAUACUUUAUAUAGAAUGAACAUCUAAUAUGAAGCAAUUUUAACUAUUACUAGUGAAACUGAACAUUACUCUGUUAAGGCAUGAAAUAAUGUUGUAUAAUGUUUAAGUUUCUUUCUGCAUGUAGUAUUAAAUUUCUAUAGAAAAUUGCAAAGACUACAUACAUACCCAACAGUGCAAACUUACGAAUUAUUAAUGAUAUAUUUCAUGCUAAGUAAUAUUCUUUCUAUUGCCAAAGGGGAAAGUGCAAGUUUUAUUGUUAUUGUAAAUAAUGGUUCAUUUGAGAUUUAUUUAGUUGAACAUUAUUUAAGGAAAUGAUUUCUAGAAUGAAUGUAUUCAUUAGUUGUGAUCAUUUAAACAUAUUAAUAUAUACUUCUACCAUUUGAAAUGGUACAACGUGCUGUAUAUUGUACCUGUAACCAAAUGUGUAUUGCCUUUGUGGCUUUUAUAUGCAGCAGUCAUUUACAAAUGCCAUUAUUCAUGCAAUCUUUAGUUGGAAAAAAACCUACUGGCCAUAUAAUCUUGCAGUACGGUUCAAAAGGACAUUGUUUGUAAUACCACUUAAAGCUCUGUCAGUUGUGACUUUUGCUUUUCCUUGGUAACAGGUGUUGUAAUCCCCCUUCUUUGUAUUGUUUGUUGCAUACUAUUACUUCCUUUUUGGAUUUAAGGUAAACUACGCAUCUUUUUCUCAUAAUGUGCAUUUUGGGCAUCAUGAAUUUUGCAAAAGGUGGAAGUGUAUAAUUUAUUUAUGAUUGAAAGUAUCAUUUUUUUUUUUUUUUGAUGGUUUACCUUACUCUUUAAACAAAUGUAUACUGUGAAUGGACUUGAAGAAAAUAACUUUGAUGUCAUACAUGUAUUCCUGUACAGAUAAAGAGUCAUUAUCUUCAUCUGCAUGAGUGACUGCUAGUGUGCAAUAUAAAAUAUUUCUUUUUGCAAUUUGUUACCUUUUUUUUUUUUUUUUUUUUUGCUGUAUGGAUUACAUUGAUGGAAUAUUCCAACUUUCUUUUUGGUUACAAGUAUGUCCAGCUGCUUUCUCUGCAGGUACUAGUGUUCCUAUCAGGUCAAAUCAUUUUGUUUAAAAUUGAUGUAGUAACUUUUUCAAAAUCAAUUCUCCCCUUUUUCAUUUUGAGGUAAUGUACAAGACAUUCCAUUAAAAAUGAUUUUUGCAUAAUUUAAGGGAAGGGUGGCAUGUUAAUUUGGUAUGCCUGUCUUAAAACAAUUGCUCUGUCAAUCACAAGAAAAAAAUUAAUAUAAGUGUAAAUUAGUCUGGCGAAAGCAUAUCAAAUUUCACUCCGUUGUUAUUAGUAAUUUUAAUCACCAUUGCAUCAUUUUCUCAUCCUUUACUUUGUAGGUUCAUGUGGUCAGCUCAAAAGAAUAUUCACAGUAAUUUGACAAGUACUAUAUGCUGCUUUCUUCUUCAUCAAUAUUGAACAUAUAUAUAUAGUAGCAUUAAUUCCAGUUGCGGAUCACCUUACUUGUUGUUAACCUGGUGUUCAUCUUUGUCUUGAAUGAAGCCAAUAAAACUUGUACAGAGAUGUAGCAUAUGAACUGAAUUGAAAUAAAGA